AUGAGUCAUCAAUCGUCAUCACCUUCAAAUACACUAUCGCCUACAUAUUCUAAUGAGCUUGAACACGAAAACCCUGAACUGGAAUGCUUUCUAUAUCGAUUGAGAAAAUCAUUGGAUGAUGCGUUUUUUUCGGAUUCAAUAUACGACAUUCAGACACGAGUUCACGAUCUUUGGGAAUCGGUGUCCACGAAAACUGAUCAGAAUUUUACAAUAGAUUCGAUCAAAACUGAAGACCUCUUUUCAGAAGAAAACUCACUCGAAACGAUAUCAACUACUUCUAAAGAUUUAGUAUCAAGGGAAUUCGAAACUGAUUUACCGAAUGAAUCUAUGGACAUAUCAUCAGCAUCAUCCAUCUCGAACGAAUCACAUUCUACAAUUGCUGUAAAUCGACAAAACAGAAGAUCCGAACGACCACCGAAGCAGGAUACUACACUUUUUGUAUCAGGAUUAAAAAAAACCGUGCAAUCGAGCGAUAUACGUCAGAAUUUUCCUGGUUGUGUUAAAGUGACUAUGAAGCACACCCGUAAUGGUAGAAAUUUGAAAUAUGCUUUUGUUAAACAUCGUUCAAGGCAAACAGCAGCACGAAACCUUACACGUCAGUUGGAUGUUAAUAUAUUUGGUCCAGACUAUUGUAUUACGUAUAUUGAUUCAGAAAAAACUCGUUCUAAAGGAGAAAUAAUAUUGGAUAAAAAGAAACUUAUGAUCCGUAGAAUACCAGUGGGUUUUGUCUCAGACGAUUUGACAAAGCUAUUUAAUUGUUGCGAAGUAGUAACGUUCUCUCCGGCAGUUAUCGCUCGUGGUGCAACAUUGAAUCUCCAAAAAAAUGCUUAUAUGAAAAUCUUACCCGGAUUUGCAUCUAUUCGAUUCGACAAGGAAGAAGAUGCCGCAUACAUCGUUGAACAUGCCGAUCAAUAUCGAUUAAAUGAUCGACAAUUAUCCAUCGAAUUCUAUCAAGGUUAA